AUGAGAGUUCAAAAGAUUGUUCCACUGGAUGAGUUAGAUAAACAAGAAGCAUGGGUCCUUUUCAGGGUCAUGGCCGGUGGUGAAGCUGUGGAUUCCAGUGAUUUGAAUCACAUUGCAAGAGAGGUAGCAGAUGCAUGCGGUGGUAUGCCACUUGUAAUUGUGACCAUCGCUACAGGGUUGAAAAAUAAAAAGCACCACGUGUGGGCUGCUCGGGCUAGACAGCUGAAGAACUCGAACUUACAACAGGGAAUGGAAAAGAACGUGUUUGCCAAACUUGAGUUGAGUUUCAAUUAUCCCGAAAGGGAGGAGGCCAAAUUAUUGUUCUUACUCUGUAGCUUGUUUCCAGAAGAUCAUGACAUUUCGGUGGAAGACCUGAUGAGAUACACCGUGGGGCUGAAGGUGUUUGAAGAUGUCCACACCAUUGAAGAAGCAAGAUACACUGCCCAUGAUGUAGCAAGUACCCUUACUGAUUCUUUAAUGUUGCUGGAUGGUUCUAAGAAAGGGUUCGUUAAAAUGCAUGAUGUUCUUCACGAUGUUGCCAUAUAUAUUUCGUCUAAAGAUGACAAGUACCGGUUCAAGGUUAUGGCUGGAUUGAAAAAUUGGCCAGUUACACAAACAUUUGAAAAUUAUUCAGCCAUCUCACUGAUAUGA